AUGCCGUCUCCUGCCACGCCGCAUCGGCCCUCCAACCGAGGAGAGAGUGCCAAACCUACGCCGACAAAGCCGCUGGACAUUGGAGAACCGUUGGGAAUCCACGACACCAACACGGUUCGCUCGCGAGUGCGGAAAUGGCAACAACAUGGCGGAGGCGUGAUUACAAUCGACGAUCCUUACGCUGAUGACGGCGACGAAAAUAACGCGAAAACGAAGCCCAAGCCCGGCAAGAUCAGGCUGGAUCGGAUAGACAAGACAGACAGAGCGGACAGGACGGACAAGGAUGGGUCGACCGUGUCGACUGUGUUGACUGUGCCAACCAGGAAGCGCAGCCAUAGUACACCCCGGAAGCGAGUGAUCAGCGACGAGCACUGGAAGAAAAAUCGAAAUCGAUCGUCCACUCAAACGGCCUCGCGCAACCUGCCUGCUCCGAAUCGCAUCUCUGAAUAUACAGUCAACGACACCACGGGAUCUCCACGAGCGAAGAGAGAUGAUAAGCAUGAUGAUAGAGAAAAGGGCCGGGAAUCGCUUCGGCACGGGGCGAAUCGGGGCCUUGGAGCAGGCUCCAGGUCUCCUGUUCGAGAAUGGAAACCUCGGAGAAAUGGCGAAUCGAUCCCACCUAGACCGAAAUCCAUGGCCGCGCUCUCUGAGGUUUCGGAGAAGUUACGAUCAAAUUCUCCCCCCCCAGAGGACAUCGAAUGGGCACCAAGUGAAGCCGACUUCUCCGAGCUGUCGAAGAGGCGCGCCCGAGGUCGCCCCAAAGCGCCAAAAGGGGGCAUUUUUUCGCAUAUGUUUGACGAAUCCAAGAAGAUGUUUGCGAAGCCGGAGCAUGAACCACCGAAGUCCAAUCCGCCUGGGAAUCGUGGAGCUAAGAUCGAAGCGUGGCUGUCGGGGACGCCAGAUCCCUUCUUAGAUGAAGAAGAUUCUAAAAGUGACAUGCCAGCUCCCUUGGACACCAAGGCAGCCCGGGCGAGGAGAUCUCAGAGACUGGCGGAUGGAGAUCUUGAUCGUGCGUCCGAACUUGAGAAAUCACAGGAUGGCGAGUCUCGGCCGAAGAGCUCCCACAGUCGACACUCCAAAGAGAGGGAUGGUCCUUCGCCGAAGCACCAUAAAGCCCAAGAACGCGAUGCCACUUCAGAGCCGAAACGAGCAAGCACUGAUAGAGGCCAUCAACCACCGCUCAAGCCCCGAGACGCCAAACCAGUACGCGAUAAGCCGCAUGAGGAGCGCCUUGCGCUAUCGGAUUCUGAUAUGCAUUCUGAACUGAAUUCGGAAAUACAACCUCCUUCCGAAGGGUCUGAAGUUUCUGGCCAUAAUGCACCUGUUCCGCUUAGCCGCAAGCGCCCCUUCCCCAGCACCGGGUAUCAUCGAUUGUCAACGAUUGCUUCCGCUGAAACGAUAAGCACCUCUACCGAGAGACCGGCACCUGUGCCGCAGAAAACCGCUUCUACCACGCUCACUGAAGAAGCAGAAGAAGCCGAGAAAGAAGACCACUUCGAUCCAGACUCGCUUCCAGCCGUUUCAUCACAACUGAAAAGGCGGCUUACAACCCACAAUGACCUCAUGUCCGUUUUGUCAGUUCCUGCAAGCCGUAGCAGAAGCAUUCGGUCUGGCCGAAGUAUUCGAUCCAACAAGAGUCGUCUGGCGCAUGCCACUGUUGCCGAUCUACUACAGGAGUUCUCUGCGGACGAAGCAAAAUACAUGCGCGAGCUCAAAACACUGGUCGGUGGUGUGAUUCCGGUGCUGCUAACAUGCGUCCUCUCGCGCUCCGACUCUGCCAUUGCUGCGGGUCUAUUUCGACCGUCGCUGGACCCCAAAGAUGACAUGAACUUUUCGAAACCAAUUGUCAACAUGGGCGUUGCGGUAGAGCGUCUGAAAACUUUACACAAGAGAAUCCCACAAGAUAAUCCGGAUGCUUUACUUAAUUGGGCACAGGGUGCACAGCGAGUCUAUCGCGAAUAUCUCAAAGCAUGGAGGCUGGGAUUCAAGGAUGUUGUUGUGAACCUGGCUCCUCUGGAGGAAGGGGACGAUGGAAACAAUGCCGAUACCAAGAGCUUGGACGAAGGCAUGGAGCGAGAUGAAAAUGGUGAUGUGAUCGACAGCGAAGGCGAGAAGGUUGAUGUCGCAUACUUGCUCAAACGUCCAUUGGUGCGGCUCAAAUACCUCGCCAAGAGCUUCAAAGGCAUCAAUACACUUCAACCGUCGUCCAAGGCCGAGGAGAUCGCCACAGCGUACCAGUCUCUUGUUAUCGAUGCUCGAAAACGUGCUCGAGAUGAACGAGCAAGACUCGAAGAUGAAUCCGCCGCUAGUAUCGAUGCGACUCGCGUCAGAGAUCCAAUGACAUUGGGUGUCCUUCGUGGUGUAACGGUUGACCAAUCCCGACGUGUCCGGGCAAGGGACUUUUUCAACCUAUCGCUGUAUCACUCCAGCGGUCAGCUGGUCGAUUGUCGAGCCGAGCUACUAUACCGAGACAAUACCCCGAGCAAGGGAAUGGGCGGGGACUUGUUGAUCUGUGAGAUUGAUCAUUCAGAUCGUUGGCUUCUUUUCCCGCCCAUGGACCUUCGAUGUGUUUCUGCUCGCACCGGUGAUAGCAAGGGCGAGAUUGUGGUCAUGCUACGCAGCGCUCCGGGACAACAGACGAAAUACUGGCAGGAAUUAAUCUCACUCCGGAUUGACGAAGAAGAUAUUGGGGCAGAGUGGAUCCAGCUGUUAGGAUCGGAUCCCAUUCCACCCUCGAUCUGCAGAAGCCAGAGCUUCAUCAGCCGAGCCAAACAACACAAGGCCCGCAGACCCGCGCCAAAUGAAUCACCACCGAGACCCAAUCCAAGUGAUGUUGAUAUUCCAAUUGGCGAGAAAGCUACCAGCAAACGACGCUCUCUCACCCCCAAGGAGCAGUUCUCAGACCCAAGCACUGUCAGUUCCUCUGCCGCCGAAACUAGAAGCUCGGUAUACUCUACAGUUACUCGGGAUACAGACUAUACUACCGGAGGGUCAGAACUGUCGAUCAAACCGUCUCGCCCUGACCUCCCGCUUCUUCCGUCCACAGUCACCACAGAAAAGAGCGCGCCUGGGUUAAAAAGAUCCAAAGCAAAGCGGCAGUCCCGCUACGGAGACAGCCCGGCUGCCUCUGAAACCACCACCCCGAAAACUGUGGUAUCUGACAAGGCGGCUGAACCGCCGUCCUCCCGGGGUAGAUUCUACGGCGAAGACAAAGAUUUGGCCAAAGACACAGCAUCUCCCAUGGAGAAGCCCCUGCAAAAAUCCCCACAGAAGACUGCCCAGAGAACACCUCAGAAAUCACCUGUGAAGGAUUUGUCGGAGAGAGAAUCGCCACGCCUGUCAUCCGUGCCUUCGGCAACCCUCCCCCUGAUUCCCAAGAUCCGGAGUGCUAGCAGUCAGACCCAUUUGUCCACGCCCAACACCGAACCCGAGGAAGAGGACUAUCCCCCACUUGAGUCCUUACCUGAUCAAGAUAUUCCCGAGACCCCUACAAGGGCCAAGAGGAGUAAGUCUCGGGGACAAUCGAACCAUGAGGACACGCCUCCGCCGCCACCGCCGCCUCAUCGCUCGCCUAGUCCUGCUUCCAAGAAGCUCUCGAAUACCCCAGUUCUUAGCCCAAGUGGUGCUCCGCUCAAAAGACGGGGCUCCUCUCCCCUGAAGCAUGAAUAUGAACCCUCCACAGCUUCAGACUCCUAUUCGGACUCUGACUCGGACGCCUCGACUGUGCGGCACUAUGCCUAUUCCUCAUCUGAAUACUCAAGAUCCUUGUCCGAUUCAGAUGAGUACUCGUCGACUUCAGAGGACGAUUACGAACCACCUCCCAAACUACGAGAAUAUGACACGGUCACCUCGGAAACGAGCUCACUAUCACCAUCGAACUCAGCAUCGCAAAGUGGCUACCGAGCCGUUCCAUUACAGCCCGCCAAAUUCUCCAAAGCCAUUGCGUCUGUUUUUGCUUGGUCUGAGAAGGGAACUUGGGACAGCGUGCUCCCUGACGAAUGCAACAUCAUCGUCAGCCCCGGUCUCAUCGAAGCUUUCAAGGGCAUCGAUCCCAACAACACCCCGGAGCGAGCAGACAAGGCUUCCAGGUCAUCUCGGCCACUCAUUUCCCUUGAAUUGACACCACUCGUUCCCAUCCGCCGCGGCACUGCCAUCGACAUCAGCAUCCGCUCGCCUCCUACCGAACGGUCCAAGAUCACAUCCAGAAGCAACAUCAUGUUCCGUUCUCGCAACCCCGACGAAUGCGACGCUCUUUACGGCCUAAUCAACCAAGCACGGAUCAACAACCCCACCUAUAUUGCUCUUCAAAAUGCGCGCGGUCCCAUCAACGACCCCAUUCAAUCCUUCGAGCCAGCCACCAAAGCCGGUGGAGGCCUGUUCGGCUGGCCGCGUCGCAGAAAGAGCUACCGCGCGUCCGGCGCCCCACGAUCGUUGGCAGAAGGCUCCGACAGCAGUGUCGGAACAAUGAGCAGCGCCUUCUCAGCGCUGAAGCGGUUCGGCGCCAGUAGUAGAAUGUUCAACAUUGCCCGGUCGACUGUGACCUCCCGAAACGGCGGAGAAGACAGUCUGUAUUCGGGCUCCGCAGACUCAGGUACUCACACAUCCCCGACUUCGGGCAUCGGCCGUAUCGCCGCCGCCAUAAAGGGCGCCGACGGCAUCGGCCUGUCCAACGCCAAGAUCCGCCUGUACGUGCGCGAGUCCGCCUCCAAGUGGCGCGACAUGGGCGCCGCCCGUCUCACCAUCAUGCCCGCCCCGCCCAAGAACCCGCCCUCGCGCCCCGGCACGGCCGUCAGCGGCCGCAGCGACAGUAGUAGCACUCCGCACCCGGACAGUUUCGAUGGCACAAGCUCCCCGCCUGCGUCCGGGACUGCCUCGCCCCGCCGCGAAGUCGAGCCCGAGAAACGUAUCAUCGUCCGUGGCAAAACCCGUGGCGAGGUUCUGUUGGAUGUGUGUCUUGGCGAGAGCUCCUUUGAGCGUGUUGCCCGCACCGGUAUCGCAGUCUCCGUUUGGGAGGAGAGCGGCGCCAUCGCGAAAGAGGGCGGUGUCACUAGCAGCUCGCAGCGCAUCUACAUGGUCCAGAUGAAGAGCGAGGCUGAGGCUGCUUAUACUUUUGGUCUUGUGGGUAAGCUACGCUAUUGA